UGCUCGAAGGCAACGUUUUUUAAGAUCUACAUGAAAGCAGGUUUUCAAAUCUAAUACUCACCUCUAAUGAUAACCAUUCCAGUGUUGCGGUUUUGAUCUACACAAGACUUAUUUUUAUACAUAUAUAUGUGUGUGUAUAAGCGUAAAUAUAUACGCAUGUAAACAUUUUCACCAGAGACAGAUUGGUGUUUCCAUUACAAAGAAGAACACAGCAGAAGUUGGAAUAUGAAUUACGUUUAUUUACAAAUAAGAACAAAAACAAAAAGCAACUAGCAAACAGGAAUCAAAUAAAUAUCUACUUAAAGAAGUGAUUCGUUAGCAGAAUAUAGAGAUACAUUGCUGGCGGGAAGACAGUAAACUACGUUAAAUCAACUUUGAUCGGAGAGAAACAAGACAUUAAAUCAUCUGAGAAAUCGAGAAGCAUCAUUUGCGAAAAAAGCAACAUCGAUGGAACAACUGAGAAUCUUACGUUUCAUUAUGAUUUCGCUGCUAAUCUUCAUAAUAUCAGCCGAUGUACAAGAUCAGGCAAAGAAUUCCGAAAACAAUUUGACAAUUGAGAGAAUAGUAAACGGUCGUGUAUCUCAGAAUUGUCAGUUCUCUGGAAUCGUGCACAUAAAUGGAGCCGAAGGAUUUCAAUGUGCCGGCAAUUUGUUGGAUAAAGACUACGUGCUAAGUGCAGGUCACUGUGUUGCGAAACGGAACCGAUCUUUAGAGCUGAGCAUUUCCAUGGGAUCCACUGUUCGAAGCGAGGCCACCACCAAUCGACAUGUUUCGCAAAUUAUCGUACAUGAAGCAUUCCGGCAUGAUAACGGAAAUUACUAUAACGACAUUGCUUUGCUGAAGAUGACCAACUCUGUUUCAUACGGCCCAUGUUUACAAUCAGUCCAAUUACCACAUCCUAAAGACUCAUUCAACAGGAGCUGCAUCGCCGCUGGUUGGGGGAAAACAGUCUAUGAACCCCUUGAAAACGCACUCCAAUACGUCACGUUGCUUCUACUUAAUAACAGUGCCUGUUUGGAAGAGAGAAAAAAAGUAGGUCGACUUGUGAAACCACAUCACCUCUGCACUGGAACAAUGAGAAAAGGUGGGAGAGGGAGCACCUGUAAUGGAGAUUCUGGUGGCCCACUUUAUUGCAGGAACCAGAAGAACGAACUAGUUUUAUUGGGUAUCACAUCGUUUGGAGACAAAAAGUGUUCGAAAGGGACUAGUUAUUAUACAUCCGUAAACUACUUCCUCGACUGGAUACACGAGAAAAUACAAAACAAAACUUCAUCAAACAACCGCACGGUAACAUGGAAAUAACAGAGAAGACAACAUGGCUGACUUCGCCUUUGAGUACAAAACGCGAUAUUUGAAGCACAAGACUUAGUACUAAUGUGUGAUAUCUAUAUACAAUUAAAUUCCGCAAUGUUGUAAAUGUAUAAGUACUGGUAUUAUAAGUUGAAUGAAUUCGGCAGAACAUCGCUGUUGUGUUAAAACCGAAUCGCAAA